AUGUCAAGGCAGCCCAUUCUAAUCAAGGAUCUGGUCAAGGGGAACCAAGUGUGGAAAAUGCUCAUUAGAAUAGUUGAUUUGUGGGUUGUUAUUGAAAAAAAUGGCCAUAAACACAUGGAAGCCGUUAUUCAAGAUGGACAGGGUGAUAAGAUUCAUGUGAUAACUCGGAGCAGGGACUUCCAAGAUUGGGUUGAAGUUCUCAAGGAGCAUGAGACGUAUAAUAUAAAUAACGGAGAGCCAGUUGAAAACGAUGUUCCACUGAAGGUGUGCUGUAACCCACUCAAGCUCAUCUUCAAUGGAGGCACUACCAUGACCAAAGUCGCUAUACCGGAAAUACCAGCUCAUAGUUUCAGUUUCUUCCCUAUUGAGAAGUUCCUCAAAGGUGACUACAAACAUGACAUGUUUUAUGAUAUUUUGAUGAUGCCACUAAGAUUAUCAUACCCUGCAGAUGUGAUUGGGGUGUUACAGGAUGUUUUAAAGACCCAGAUGGGAGGUGGGGGAAGAAAGUCUUGCGUCAAUGUCAAUUUACGUGACGUACAGGGGAACGUCAUUGAGCUGGUGCUAUGGGAUGAUUAUGCCAAGCAGUUUGUGAACUACACAACCCCUAACAACUUUUCUGGUCCUACUUUAAUAGUAUUGACACAUGCAUGGUGCAAGCCCAAUACAGUUUCGGGUUUACCAUCUCUUUCCAAUGCAUGGAGCGGCUCUAGGCUUUACUUUAACUUGGAUCAUCCACAGGUUGUUAAAUACAAAGCAAGUUUUGGAGACAACAUGCCUGCCCCUUCCCAAUCAAUGACAACUGAUUCAUCCGUUCAAUCUAGCAACAAUUUCUGGACUAAAUUGAGUGAGGUCAAAAGUGUUCGUGCAAUAUCUGAAUUUGGAAAGGACUGCUAUGCAACAACUAUUGGGACGACCUUAGGUUUUAAUGCCUCCAGGUUUGGAUGGUAUUUUGAAUCAACUGGAAACACAGAGGCUGAAACCGUUACCAAAUUCAAACUAGAGAUUGAAGUGGAGUAUGAUAACCACAAGGGAAUCUUUGUUUUUUGGGAUAAGGAUUGCAUACCUUAUACUAACAUGACUGCUAAGGAACUGCGAGAAGUUAUGAAAGCUGCUGGAGAGGAUAAUCCUAAGAUUUGGCCCACUCACCUUGAUGUUCUAUUGAAUAGAAAAUUGGUCUUUCGUAUCAAGUAUCAAUCACAAUACCAAAGAUUCUCUAUCGUGAAGAUACUUAACGAAGACGGCCUUUAUGAUAAGUUUCACAACUACCUCACCCCGGAUGAGAAUACAACUAAUGAUGAAGUUGUGGAAAUGGACACCACUUCUCCAAAUCUUACUCCUAACCAAGUCACUCAAAGUUCUGAACAAUCAAUCGGUGCUCAACCACUUAAUGUCGCUAACCAUUCAGGGAGUCCUACUGCCAGCUGCAGCAGUACACCUGCCAAGAGGAUUGCCACGUCGACCUCAAUGAACGAAGCCAUCCAAUCCGAGGAGCUGACUCCAAAGCAAUCAGCCACUAAGGCCAAGCCCGGAAAGAAGACCAAGCAUAUCAAGAAGGAGUAA